CUCGCCCCUACACUUUGAGCACCACCAGCCCGCUUGCAAGUGUGCAAUGCCCAUGCACCCGCUGCACACAGCCGCGGCCUCACGCUCCGCUACCCCCGUAUAUAAGCCUGGCGCAAACUAGCCUUGAACUUCAUUUGCACUGCCACCACGUUCCUUGUCCUCAGUACUCGUGAAGUGCGGAAUAUGUGAUUGGACUGUUUGGGAGAUAGUGUUGUUUACAUGUGAAGAUGAAGGCCGUACUGCAAACGAUACGGAUACUAGUCAUAACCAGUUUAAUCAUCGAGAACGUCCGCUGUCAGGAUGGAUUUAGCGAUCAGGAUCUACUUCGUCUUCAGCAACUCGCAUCCAACGAUGGUCAAAUUGAGACGAUCACGAGCUACAGUACCAACAUCAUCCAGAGGGACCCGAGCAGCCAGUCAAUGAGUUCAGUCAGUGUGCAGUACCACCUGACAGACGACGCGCAGAAAACCGAAGAAUACAACAGAGCAGAUCGUGGAAGGUCUAGGAAAGUUUAUCGCAUCAAAAAUCCCUUUCAACGUCAGUUGGAGCAGGAUGACGGGCAAAAGAACGAAGUUCUACAGGACAGCGAUUCUGGGGCUAGCAACCAGUAUGCGGCAAUGCAGUACUCUCUGCCCCCUGAGGAGUUCUUACAGCAGAUGAGGACAGAGAACCAAUAUUUACAACAGCAACAACAACAACAACAGCAGCAACACCAGCAGCAGCAGCAGCAGCAAUAUGUAUCUACUCCCGCUCCCAAUCUAAGUUACACUGUAACUCCGCAACCCCAAUACCAGUACUCGACAAUCAAUCCCUCUAAUUAUGAAAAUAAUCGUCCUAAUCAAAUACCACAAUUAGAACCUAAAAUGUCACACUCGCAGUACCACUCCAGCAAUAAUCCUUUUCAAUAUAACGGUCAGAAUUCAUAUUCAUAUGACGGUGUGCAAAGCACCCCUUCACCCCUCCCUUCAUAUGUAUCGACAUCUUUACCUAAUAAUCAAUAUGUUGGCACCCCAGCAAACACUUACGUUUCUAGCUCAUCGCCAGUGUUUCUCUCCAGCCAACCUAAUUUACAGCAAUAUGUUUCAUCACCUAUCGCAAUUCAAUCCAGCUCCCUAGAUUACAACAAUAACAGGCCUACAUCUACAAUAGGCAAUCCCUUUAGUUAUGAAAAUAAUGAUUUAAAUAAAAAAAUGCAAAUUGAUCAUUAUGAUAACUCUGCAAAUGGAAUCAGAUACCCUAAUCCACAACAGUAUCAGAACGAAUAUCAAACACCCACUUCAUCGCCAUCAUCGUCUCCUUACCCGGAUUCAGUCCGCGACAACUGGCAAAGCGCUUUAAAUACUGGGGUCAAUUCACUAACUAAAUCAUUACAAGAAGUUUCUCUAUCGCAGUAUAAUAAUUCACCAUACAAUAACCAACAAGAUGGUUUAUCCGACAAUAUCGAGAAUACGAAUAGUGAUACCCACCGUAUCGGCAAUUUAGCAUCAGCAAAUAAUGUGUAUAUGAACUUCGCACAACCCGAUUACCAGGCAUUAAAUAACAUACGCAGUCGGACCAGAGAUAUUGAACAAGAAACUGCACAGCCGGGCUACUACUCCCAUGGUGACUAUGGGUGGAAAAUGGGGGAUAAGAGACAACUCGCCUCUCACGACAAUUACCCAUCAGGGAAUUUCCCGAGGCAGCAAGUUAUGGGGUUACAGCCUGAACAGGCCGUUAGUCAAAUGACGUUUCAUAUGGACACUGGGAAACCAUACAAUUAUGAUCAGAUUUCGAAAUCAGCUCCUGAUAGUUAUGACUCUCAAGAAUUUGCAAAAGCCGCUGCUAAAGCCCACGAACAACUAAAACAACAACAAAUGUAUGGACUUUAUCAAUCGGCGUUUAAUAACAAUAAUCAAGGGAAUACAUACUACAACACUAAUGAUAAAAAAUCUUCACAGCCGAGCCCAUAUGGUAAUAAUAAUCAACAAGAUCUUAUUACGGCGUCACCAUUUUACUACCAAAAUGGAAGAGAAAAUAACGUUGAAUCUAAAUCGAAACAACCUUUUGACCAUGCUAAAGCUUUAAAAAAUAUAGUGCCUAUUGAUGUAUCUAAUGUAGUUCCAAAUUCCGAUAACGUGAAAACGCCACAACAUUUUGACGGCAAUAGCAGAUACGCUGUACAAAACUAUAACAAAGAUAUAAAUGAACAUAAUUUGAAACAAUAUUACAAACAAAUAACUGACGCAUACUACAAAGAUAAGAAUACUGGUUAUGGUUACAACAUAAAAAGCAGCAAGUCGGAGGAUGUCAUAGAUGAACUUAAGCAGUUAGAACAAAACAGCCCUUAUUACGGUAAACAACCGACGCAAAUUCCGUCGUAUAAUCAUGACAACAAGCGAUACAUAGAUGGACAAACUGCAAUAAAUUACGCAUCUCAGGCAUCUAACAAUUAUCAAGACAAUCUGCAGUCAUCCGCUAAUAACCCUAACGUCCAGCGCCCCCAAAGUCAAGUUCCGACAGAUAUAGCUAGUAUUUUAAAAUUAAAUGAUAUUCCAUACAAAUUAACCCAAGGACUAUCUCCAGAUACUUUACGACUUCACAGUAAUAAUUAUGAUCAGACAAACAUUCCAACCCCACUGCCAGGACGACUUAAUCAAAAUGUUGGUAUUCACCAAAUUGAUGUGGGUAGUGAAAUACUCAGUAAACUAAUAGCCAAACAGUCAGCAUACAAUCAAAAUAGACCUGAUAUUGAUGCACAAACUGGUGGAUUAUUAUCGACCAUAAAUGGUUUUAGAGUUGCAAACCCAUUCAACGUUGAUCUUAAAUUAGUUGCUGAAAUGCUGAAAGGAAAAACACCAGGCGAUGACACGCAUCUGUUGGGAUUACGAGAUCAGUUUACGAAACCCGCGCCUAUCAAGCUCGACAUGUCGCAACUACAGCAGCUUCUGCUUAAAAAUGAUAAUUAUGGUGGCCUAUCAGCAGUCAGUGACAAUCUCAAUGCAUACAGUAGCCCUUAUUUUGAUAUUUAUAACAACGGCAGAUUUCCUUAUCAAGGUGUGAAAUACUCACGAAGUCAAGAAGAGGAGGAAAGUUUACCUAUUGCAGAUGGUUCAAAUAACUACCCAAUUGGUGCAGUCAUAGAAACAGAUGAAAAUGGUCACGAGAGCAUGUCUACCAUCGAUUUAACGGCACAGAAUGGUGAUACAUUAAAUAGUUUUACAGAAGAUAGGCCUAAGCGACCUUUAACGCACAUAACCAGAGGAGAUCGGCAGAGACAUCCAAAUGCGCUUUUACCUGGUCAUCAUUCACCAAGAAAAUAUCCUAAAGAUGUUGAAGAACCCUACCCACUGCUAAAACCACCUCCUCCAUCACAUUCCAAAGGCAGAAGCCAUAGUAAGCACGGUCGCAAACGACGCAUUAACAAACCUAAAAUUACGAGAAUAUUGAGAACGGAACCAAUGUUUGAAGCUGAAACCUCGAAAGAGGAAGUAGAUACUGCAAUGACAACUUUACUAAGACCUCCAGCCCCUGUUAUAGAAGCUAAAUCAGAUGAUUUCAGUAAUGAGAAGGAAAGUACGUAGAAAAUAAGAAGCUACUUUUAUUUAAUUA